AUGGGAAACAUGACAGGUUCUUGGGCUGCCCCAGAGACCGAGACGUGGUCGCGAUGUUACACGGAGGGCACCACGGUGACGCACAACUUCGAGAUCGCCGGUUACUCGCUGCUCCAUGGCAUGGGCACCGGCAACUACGUCACGUCGAGCACGUUUACCGUCGGCGGCUGCGACAACUACGAGUGGGACAUCAUGUUCUACCCCGACGGGGCCACCAAGGACGAGGGCGAAGAAGCCGACCACGCCUCCGCCUACCUCCGUCUCCGUCCCUGCAGCCGACAGCCACGGCCGACGGACGUGAUGACCAAGUACACUCUGAGCUUAUGGGGCAAGGAUGGCCAAUUGUGUCAGCAACGGAGCACACAGCAUACGUUUACCCCUAGUGGUACGGGUUGGGGCCAUGUCCGCUUUGUCCCCAAGUCCAAGCUGCUGGCCCUCAAAGAUGACUGCUUCACCAUCAGGUGUGUCUUGACGGUCUUGAAAGAGCGCCACGUGGAAGAAGUGAGCACGUUCGUCGUCCCUAUCCCGCCCUCAAACUUUCACCAAGACUUUGGGAACAUGUUGAAGGACGGGGAAGGCACGGAUGUGACGUUCGUCGUGGGCGACCAAUCGUUUCAGGCUCAUAGGUUUGUGUUGGCCGCUCGCACGCCGUUCUUCAGGGCGGAGCUCUUCGGUCCGAUGAAAGAGAACAAGAUGCAGUGCAUCAACAUCGAUGACGUGGAGCCCUCUGUAUUCAAGGCGCUUCUUCACUUUAUAUACACAGAUGCCCUGCCGGAUAAUCGCGAUCUCAAGAAGAACACGACACUGCAGCAUUUGUUGGUUGCCGCGGAUCGGUACGGGUUGGACAGGCUAGCCGCAAUGUGUGAAGGAGAGCUAUGCCGAAGCAUUGACGUGCAGACAGUUGCAACCACCCUAACUUUAGUGAAGCAGCAUUGUCGCGAGCGACUGAAAGACGUUUGCAUUGACUUUAUGUCUUCGCGGGAUGUGUUCGGUGAUGUCAAGAAGACUGAUGGAUUCAAGCACCUUGUGACAAGCUGUCCAGAGGUCAUAUCAGAUAUUUUACAAGAAAAUUUGCCGUUGCCAGAGGUGGUGCGGACCAAUCCGCGGAGGACACCCGGAUGGCUCAAGAGGCAGCAGCGCUCAUCGCAGGUCCACCGUGCGGUUCUCGUCUCCGCUUGCGUUUUGGUGCCGGCGGUGGUGGUCUCUUGUCGAGUGUACAUGAGGUGCCGCUAG